AUGGACAGCCAGUCCGCUAAGAGCAAUCGAAAGGGACUCCCCAGCCUCUCUCGAGUUCGGAGCGGUCACCCUGGAUCCAGCUCCAGCUUCAGCGGAGCGGAGCUCGGCCGCCCCAGCUCCGACUCGCGAGGAGUGGUUCGCCAGCUGGUGGUGUCGCCGGGUGUCCGGCGCCAAGGAGCAGAGUGCACAGUGUCAGGUUGGGGAGGGAUGGGGAACAGGCGAGAUGCGACCCUGCGCCUCGGACUGCAGACGUGA